GAAGUUGGUUCCCGUAACAUGUCUAAGAUGGUGCGAUGAUUGCUCACGAUAUGUGUAGACUCUGAUAUGCUUGAAGCUCCGAGCAUCUUGUCCUUUACGGACGAUCCAGUGAAGGUUACGAGGAGAGAAAAUAAUUAUACCAGGGCAUAUGUCCCUUCUCAAGAAAUCGAAGCAGAUCUGAAAAGGAUUUCAGGAAAAUUAAACGAGUGUUUGUAUGAUAGUUACAGAAGAGAUAUUGACACUCUCAAGCCAAAUGUCGACAUUGACAAUGAAAUGGCAUUAUUGAUAGCAGCCGAGGAGGAUGUACAACAGUCCAGGCGAAGCCUCAGAAGAAGAGCACGAAAGAUUUGCCCGUCAAAUGGCCCUACUCAAGAAGAAGAACAGGAAUUAAAAACAUUGAACAAAAUGUCUGUCAGAAAGAUGUACGAAUUAGACGAUUUCAAGCGAGAUUUUGAUACAAAGCCUUUUGUUGCUACUGAAAUGGUGGAUUUGAGUUUUGAGAGGAUUGUAGACAACAUUCGCAGGAGGCAGCAGGCUCUCCAGAAUCUCCGCAGGGAAAUCUAUGAGGAUUCCGUACUCAGAGUCGCAGGGUACUACAAGAAGGCCACAGUGCAAAACAAUGAUGAUACAGCAACUGAAGUAGUUAAAUCAUCCCAGACUGCAAAAUUUAAGCGAGCAUCUAAUACUGCUGUGGAAAAAUCCAAUUACCAACCAAAGAUUACCUUAGUGAAGUCUACACUUACAUCAGAGACAAACAUGGGAAAGUCGAGUCAUGUGUCACAGACUGUCACCGUGGGAAAGUCCCAUCAUACACCCAGCAGCACAAGUGAAAGUGAUACGGAGGGGGACGAGUCUUAUGCUGCAGUUCAAGAGCGUUAUCGGGCAGAAAAACUCAGACUAGAAAAGAAUUUAAAGAUUUUUAACAAACAGCUACAAGAGUUCAUUGACUCUCGAACAAGCUCGACUGAGGUUCAUGAAGUUGCUGUCAAGUCGAAGAAGAGACAUCACACUGGUGCUAAAAAGUCUGAAACAAAAACAGCCAAAGCCAAAGUCAACACUGUCAAAGUGGCCAAAUCAGACGCGAAAAUAGCUAAAGCCAAAGUUGUAAAAGCAGCUGAAUCCGAUUCCAAAAUGAUCAAGUCUGAGGCAAAAGCAGAUAAAGCCAGAGUCAAAACUGUGAAAGCGACCAAAUCAGAUGCCAACAUGGCCAAAGUCGAUAUCAGAGCUGCAAAACUGGUCAGAACAGGCAAACCGGAUGUGAUCACUGUAAAAACUGCAGAACCAGAUUUGAUUGCUGUGAAAACUGCAGAUCUAGAUGUGAAGGAUGAUGAGGAGGAGAGAGAAUCUCAGGUUGUGGAUGGAGGCUGGACAAAAAGGAAACCCUUCCGACUUUCUAUGGCAGACAUUCAAGCUUACGUUGAUUCAUGUGACCCUGAGCGGGCAGGAAAACGAAGACGAAAAAAAAGGAAGAAGGGGGGCAAUAGAAGCAGCAUUACAGAACUUCCACUGAGAGAGGAGGACAGUGACAUCAUCAUCAUGGACAAAGUCCAGGGACUUGGGGUGCUGCCAAAACUCAACCCAAUGCCUGUAUACACUGACAAUUUUCAAGCAAGUUGUGUUUUAACCCAUCUGUUUUCAAGCAGAGACAACUUCGAUGAAGAUUUUGAGGAAGACUACAUUAUACCAACAUAUGAAAGCGAACAAAAGUUUUAAAUUCUAUAUAAUUUCAAUUUUAAAAAGUCAUACUUGGCAACUCUCAAUUUUUUCAAUUAUUUUUUUUGCAUUAAUUGUUACUGUUCAGAUUUUUUUUUAAUAAUUCAAUUGAUUUGCAAGAAAAAGCAGUUUUAAUAAGUGAAGUUUUUAUGUUAGUGAGUUUGUCAAAAAGAAUAAUUAUAAAUGUACUUUUUGAGGCAUGAGAAUUGGAAGAAACUUUGAUGAACAUUUCUAAAAAGGAGGCAUUUAUAAAAAUUAUCAAAAUACAGAAUAUUAACAUUUUUAUAAGAUUAUACAAUGUCUAUAUCAAUCAUGAUAUUUAAGAUUCAAAACAUUUUGUUAAAAUUUAAUUUUUAUUUACUUUCCACUGAGCUAUGAGUAUCCAUUGAACCAUCAAUAUCUAUUGGUUUAUAAACCUUUUUUGUACAAUGUACCUCAUUGUAAGUCAAUAAUUGGCAUGAUGCCUUGUCGGUCCAUUAUUGAGUGUACUAAGUGGAGUAUUGUUGUAUAGAUCUAUCUUUGUUAUUGUAUAACUUUUUCUUUUUUCUUUUUCUUUUUUUAUGUACAUUAUAUAUGUAUAUCUCUUAGAUUUUUUACAGAAUUUAUGCAUUUAAAAAUGUAUAUCAGAAUUUUCUAGGAAACAGGAAGUACCUAGAUUGUACUUACAUUUAUUUAAUAUGUAUAUCUCUUAGAUUUUUUACAGAAUUUAUACAUUUAUAGCAGAAAUUUCUAGGAAACAGGAAGUACCUGGAUUGUACAGUUUGUUUUCCUGUGUUUCCGACAUUUUUAUAUAUACAAUCUACACAUAUUUUACAUAUCUUGACUCAGUUUUAACAAAAUGAUUUAAUAUAAAGUUGAUUUUAAUAUUGAUUAUUUGAGCUAUAAAGUUAAUGCUGAUGACUGGUUAAUAACACAUAAUUUAUUUAUUACUAAUCAGUUAUAUCUAAAAAAGUAACCAUUAGAUAAUUAAACCUGACCAGUAGUAGCCAGUCUGAAAUUGACAAUCUUUUGUUUAUGUCAUAUAAGUUGUUGUGGAUUAUGCAGAAUUGUUGGUCUAAAUUUUGUACUUAUAUUGAUCUAUUACUUUUUGGUCUGUAUUUCAUGAAGAGACAGAUCUGAUUGGAAUGCAGGCUAAAUUUAAAGUUCAUAACUUUAAAUAUCAUCAAAUUUUUGCCUUGAAGACAGAUUCUAUGGGACGGAUUUCGGAGCUGACAUUUUAAGACUGACCAUCUAUUAAAUGAGAAGAAGGACUCUUAAGGUUAAAAUUAAAUGUAAUAAAAUAAAUUCUAAAACAAGAGUCCGGUUAUUUGGUUCUUUAAUUUUUAUGUCUAGAUUAUUUCUUUGAUUUUAGCAAUUUUGCAUAAUUCCAACACCACACUACAUGGUAUCAAGUUUAACCAUGUACCAGUACGUUAAUAUGUACCAGGUCAUCAUCGGCCAGGUUUACAGUAUAUAUUGUGUAUACUUAUUAGAUCUAUAUAAACACUACAAUAAAACUGUGAUAAACUUUAUAUAGCAACUUUACUUUGGAAUCACAAUUAAUUUACGUUAAAAAUUGUGCAUUAUUCAAAAAUGUGAGAUUUAUAUACAAAAUAUUGAUUUGUUGUAUGUGAACACAAAGUUAUGAUAGGCGUUAGGUAAGAAUAUAUUCUGCAAACAAAUACAUGUAUCUAAUACAACAAUAAAGUUGUAAA